AGGUGUUCCGGAUGUUUUGUACACUCACUCGGUGUAGUUUACAUGUUGUCCUCAAUCUAACCCAACCCCGUCUGUUUUGCCCCAUAGUCGUGCACCUGUCAGUUUUGUUGCUAAACAAAACAACCCGUCUAUUUGAGAAGCAGUUUCUAUAUUCAUAUUGUAAUGUCUUUGAUUUUUUUAAAACUCAACAACCUUUUCUCGCAACCAUGUCAGUGAUCACGUGAUACAGACAACAACCAAAAAAACGUCACAUACAUUAACCAAAUUCAUCGAAGGUGCUUGAAGGCCCAAAGCACCUUUAGCGCCUAGCUAGCUAUUCCAUCCGACACCGUGGGGCGUAUAAUCACCAACACCGAGAACAUACUGCUAUGGCAGAACCAGAUGUACAAUUUAAGCUAGUGUUGUGCGGAGAUGGAGGCACAGGAAAAACCACCUUCGUGAAGAGGCAUUUAACGGGAGAGUUUGAAAAGAAAUACGUUGCGACUCUGGGAGUAGAGGUGCACCCCUUGGUCUUCCACACCACUCGAGGGACCAUCAAGUACAAUGUCUGGGACACAGCCGGCCAGGAGAAGUUUGGGGGGCUCAGAGAUGGCUACUACAUACAGGCCCAGUGUGCGAUCAUCAUGUUCGACGUCACAUCUCGCGUCACCUACAAGAACGUGCCCAACUGGCACCGCGACCUGGUGCGCGUCUGCGAGAACAUACCCAUAGUCCUGUGCGGAAACAAGGUGGACAUCAAGGACAGGAAGGUCAAAGCCAAGAGCAUCGUGUUCCACCGCAAGAAGAACCUUCAGUACUAUGACAUCUCAGCCAAGAGUAACUACAACUUUGAGAAGCCCUUCCUGUGGCUGGCCAGGAAGCUGGUAGGGGACCCCAACCUAGAAUUUGUGGAGAUGCCAGCCCUCGCCCCCCCAGAAGUCGUCAUGGACGCCUCCCUGGCUGCGCAGUACGAGAACGACCUUAAGGUUGCCGCAGCAACAGGGCUUCCAGAUGAAGACGACGACCUUUAACCUGUGACCUCGCUGGCCUCCAGUGUUCUGGGAGCGUGCCCUAUUGAUGACCUUUUAAUUGUAAAAAAAUUCCCCCAAUGUUUUUUUGUGUGUUUCAAACUGAGAAUGUGUGUCUGGUUGCGUGAAGAUUUCAGUAGAGACCAACCGGAGUAAAAGUUUAGACUGCUCAAAGUAGGCAUUACUCACACACGCAUACAAAUGAAAGACUUUGUACGCUCGCUAUACUAUACUGACUAAGGGUGAUAUGAAAUCACACUAAAUAAAAAGUAUUUGAAUACAAACUA